AUGUCAGAUCUGUCGCGAAAUUUCACUCCGUCUACCGGUUACUACACUUUGGUUGUGGGUGAUAAGACCUUCAAAUUAUCUACCAGGGCCCUGUACUCGGACGCCCCUAACCAUUUCACCCACGUGUUCUCCUCCUCGUUGGAAGAGGCGAUGACCAAGACCAUGUAUAUCGAGAGAGACCCUGUCAUCUUUUCGGACAUUGUGACGGCUGCCCCGCUAAUUGCGACUCCUCCGGCCUUACCGCCUCCCAUUCUCGAUCGCGAUCCGGAGCUUUUUGCUGACAUUCUACGGUACCUCCAAGGAUACGACAUUAAAAUCAAGGAUGAAGUGCAUAGGCAAAACUUGCUUAAAGACUCGCGUUUCUAUCACUUGAAAGGGUUGACCGAAAAACUAUUGGCGUCGACCUUGACUGUGAACGGAUUUGCAAAGGAUGAGGGCGCCAGGAACGAAAUAUUAUUUCAAUUAAGGGAUAUCAGGUUAUCCAGUAUCUUUUUGUCAGAGAAUAAAAAUGAUGAAAUGUUGAUGGACAAAGGCAACGUCAUUCCCGCCGAAAAGAUCGGUCACGUAAUGUACAAGAAUAAGGAGGGAGCUGUGCACGCCCUGUUGGUUGAGGUGCAUAAUCUACACCUCAUCUGUCAUUACACUACGCUGCAAUCUCCGCUUACUGCCUCAACAACUCCGACCGGACCUACCACGCCCAGGAUCACAGCGAAUCGAAUGUCACCUAUUCGCCUUGAAGUAGAGCUGGCGUUGUCCGAACAGGACACCAAGAAACUUAGAGACAUAGCCAAAUCGAUUAAAGCAUCCGAGGAUAUUGUGACGGCCAUCCAAACACCUGAUGCUUGUGCAUUCGAGAUUGAUGGAAUAAAGGUUUCGUUGGAUGCACUGAACAACGUUGAUAAAUUAUCUCAUUUAAUCAAGGUAGAUGAUCGGGGAAGCAGACACCUAACACUCUUUGUGACAAAGUCCAUAUUGAAGUUACUCGUAAAUAACGGAAAAGUGGAAAUGGAACUACUGAAGUGCGAGUCGUUUAGUUCGGAAAGAGGGUUCAACGGGAGGAGGGAAUUCCUACCUUCCAAUAAAAGAGUUUGCCUAUAA